AUGUCAACUCCACCCUCAGACAUCCAAGCAGGCCGAGAAGCCGACUACAAGCGCUUCAAGAACUAUGCCGCAUACACAUUCCUCAUCGGCGCACCGAUCCUAAUCGCCCUCCCACCACGCAAACUCGACCCUCUAACCGUGCUGGUCCUCUGCUCAUUCGGCGCAUCCGCAAACCACAUCGUGGGCGACCGCACAGGAAGAAGCAUCAUUGAUCGAAUCGACGCCAAGAUCUCGCGCAUCCACAACCCCAUUUCAUCACUACCAAGUGAGCGCGCCCAGGAGAUCCAAGAGCGUCUCCGUGCCUCGCGCGAUGCGCAGAUCCGGCAGGCUGAGAAUGAGAAGCUUUCUGCGCGGAUUCAGGAGCUCUCUGAGAAGGGAGAUGCUUCUGUGAGCGCGGAGAUUGAGAAGCUUAAGGCGCGCCAGCUUGCUGAAAAGGGCGUUGUGCAGCGGGUUUGGAUGGGUGGGGAGUCUGAGGGGUGGAAGGAGCGGAGGUUGAGGGAGGAGCAGGAGGCUCUUGCUGAGGGUAAGGGGUAUGGAGACUUGAUUCAGGAGCAUAUCUGGGAUGUGUGGACUUGGGGUGGUAAGGAUGGGAAAGGGGGUGAGGGUGUUAAAGAUGAGGUGAAGGAUGAUGAGUCUGUGAAGAAGGACUAA